UCACGCGCCCCGCACGUGCCUCUCCCCAACUGAAGAGAAGAGAGGAUAAGGAGCUCGCCUCUCCUUCGGAGGGGGAGGGAAACGCCCUGAUCAAAACCGCGCGGAGGUCGCAAGCAUCAUCAACAGCAUCAAUGGCGUGCGUCGCCGCGCUCCUGGCCUCCCCCCCGGCGCUCCUCCCCUUCCCAUCCGCCACCUCGUCCGCGGCAUUGGCCUCCUGCUCGUGCCGCCUCCGCUCCGCCGUCGUCGCCCGCGCGCUCCGGCGCUUCGACGAGGUGGAGGGGGUGUCGAAGAAGCGGCGAGGCAUUGGAGGCGGCGCAGGAGGGUCGCAGGCGUCGUCGUCGCGCAAGGACAGGGGGCUCGCCGUUGACUUCAAGGAGCCGCAGGUUGCUGAUUUUGAUGAUCUCGAGGAGGACAAAUUCCUUAAUGCUGUUGUCAAGGUCUAUUGCACUCAUAUUGCACCCGAUUAUGGUCUUCCUUGGCAGAAGCAAAGGCAACAUGCAAGCAGUGGGAGUGCUUUUAUGAUCGGUGAUGGGAAACUCUUGACAAAUGCACAUUGCGUUGAGCAUGACACCCAGGUCAAAGUAAAGAGAAGAGGAGAUGACAAAAAGUAUAUUGCCAAGGUUUUAGCUAGGGGCAUCGAAUGUGACCUUGCAUUGCUCUCUGUUGAGAAUGAAGAGUUCUGGAAAGGAACAGAGCCACUUCACUUUGAUCGUUUGCCAUGCCUGCAGGAUUCAGUAACUGUUGUGGGAUAUCCUCUUGGUGGAGACACAAUAUCUGUAACAAAAGGCGUUGUAUCACGCAUUGAGGUCACUCCAUAUGCACAUGGGACAUCAGAUCUUCUUGGCAUUCAAAUUGAUGCAGCCAUAAAUCCUGGAAACAGUGGUGGACCAGCCUUUAAUGACCAAGGGGGGUGCAUUGGAGUGGCAUUUCAGGUGUACAGGUCAGAUGAAGCUGAAAAUAUUGGAUAUGUUAUUCCAACUACAGUUGUAUCCCAUUUCUUGAAUGACUAUCAGAAAAAUGGCAAGUACACAGGAUUUCCUUGCUUGGGUGUCUUACUUCAGAAAUUGGAAAAUCCGGCGUUGCGUGAAAGCUUAAAAGUACCUUCAAGUGAGGGUGUUCUAGUUCGUCGGGUUGAGCCUACUGCUCCAGCAAGCAGUGUUCUGCAAAAGGGAGAUGUAAUAGUAAGCUUUGAUGGUAUCGCAGUAGGAUGUGAAGCAACAGUACCAUUUAGGUCCACGGAGCGAAUUGCCUUCCGCUACCUCACAAGCCAAAAGUAUGCAGGUGAUAUUGCUCAGCUAGGAAUCAUUCGGAAUGGCAAUUCCAUGAAAGUCCAAACUGUUUUGCAGCCAAGAAGACAUUUAGUGCCGUUUCAUGUCGAAGGGGGCCAACCUUCUUAUCUCAUAGUUGCUGGCCUUGUCUUCACACCUUUAACAGAACCAUUUAUAGUGGAGGAGUGCGAAGAUACACUAGGGUUGAAAUUGUUGGCAAAAGCACGUUACUCUCUAGCGACCUUUGAGGGGGAGCAAAUUGUUAUAGUAUCACAGGUUUUGGCACACGAGGUCAACAUUGGUUAUGAGCACAUGGGCAAUCAACAAGUCAUGAAACUAAAUGGAACUGUGAUAAAGAAUAUCCAUCACCUUGUUCAUCUUGUGGACACCUGUAAAGACAAGUUCUUGACGUUCGAGUUCGAAGACGACUUCCUGGUUGUUUUGCACCGGGAAGAAGCGGCUGCUGCAUCUUCAGAUAUUCUCAAGGAACAUGCGAUUCCUUUUGUACGGUCAUCUGAUCUAUCAGAGCCGUAUGUCGAUACAAAGGACGAAAUCCAAAAAACAAGCGAAGAUUUUGGUGAAAGCCCUGUCACAAACUUCGAAAUGGGAAUUGACUGUCUCUUGUGGGCAUAAAUCCAAAAAACAAGCGAAGAUUUUGGUGAAAGCCCUGUCACAAACUUCGAAAUGGGAAUUGACUGUCUCUUGUGGGCAUGAACAACUUGUUUUUUUAAUGGACGAGCAACUGAGAAUGAAGUUUCAGUUGAAGCAGCAAUAAGGCUGGUGAAAUGCAAGCAUCUGCCGGCAUUCAACGGCAGCAAGAGCAUACCCCCAUUGUGAGGGCAUACCGCAUACACACUCCGUUGCGGCAAAGCCGAGCCAUGUUGUAUGUUAGUAUAGACAGAAUUCAGAUUUAUGUUGUGCACUAGGAACCAUAGAAUGAUUUAUUCACCUUCAUUUUUUAAGGGGCCGGGAGUCGAGAAAGGAUUGUACAAUUUGGCCGUGAGCAAUCCUGUAAAUCUUCGGGCAUGCAACAAAUCGUCCAGAAAUUUUGUUGGUUUACUCUUUGGUUUGUACUACUCCCUGAUUGAUCUUGCAGAACAAAGCAUAGCUGCAGGAUGCCAUGUUUCGUUU